AUGGAAAGUUCGACCAAUUCCCCAUUUGUGUCAGGUGAGAAAAACUCGUCAGACUCUUAUGAAAUCAACUCCGAGGAUGGAAUUAUAGUGUUUCGAUAUUUCUUUGAGAGACAGAUCAUAUCGGCCAUGCUUGUCACUGCUACAGUGGUAGGAAGCCUCGGGAACUGCUUUGUCCUUGCGGCUGUUGCCCUAUCCAGAAAACUUCGGACAACUACCAACGUCUUUGUGGUCAACCUAGCAGCCGCUGAUAUGCUGACUUGCCUUUUUCUACCCUGGCAGGUGGUGGCGAUCCUGGGCAGCGACGGCUGGCCGAUACCGGACGCCCAAUGGGUGUGUGCCAUGGCAGGGUUUGUCAUCGUAGUCACCUACGGCUGCAGCAUCAACAGCUUGGCCCUGAUCGCCAUCAACCGCUGGGUGGGUAUCACCAAGUCUCGUUUCACCAUCCGCCGUAUCUACACCGCUCGUAAGCUCGCCCUGAUGGUUAUCUUCUCGUGGGCUGUACCGCUCUGUUGCGCCUUGACACCAGUCCUCACUGACGUCGGUGAACUUGGCUACGAAAAGCUGUACAAAUCUUGUACCUGGGUCAGAUCAAAUCUGUAUUCAAGCUACUACAACAUAUUAGUCAUGGCAGUCAACUACCCGUUUCAGAUGAUGGCCAUUGUGUUCAGCUACAUUUCAAUCUUCUGCUAUGUCCAGAAGACGUCGCAGAAGAUGGCCCGAGCAGAUGCCCCGUCCGUCUCGGGUAAAGUCAGCGGGGGAGUAGCCAGCCGCGCCAUGAGGAAGAAGCUGUGGAAGAGGCAACUUGACGUCACCAAGAACCUCCUCUACAUCGUCCUGGCCUUCGUCCUCUGUCUCACGCCCUACUUCACAGCAAUCGUAGUCACAACAGAUUGGACCUACCGCCUCCUUCCCUGGGCCGGGGCCUUUCUGUUCUGCAACAGCUGUGUCAACCCCAUCAUUUACGCAACUUCGCACCCGGACUUCAAAGAGGCGUUUCGGUACAUGAUAAGGUGUAAAAUCCCCAAGGGUAGCUCAAGCCAUCAGUACACUAGCCGCACCCCCGUCAGCUCGCAUGUUGAUCACGGGUACGCAGCAGAAAACAGUCAAAGACCGUGA